UUGAAUGGAGCGCAUGCGCUUUGCUGAUGUGGAAGUGCUUUACAGUGAUAAACAAGGGAACAAAUCAGAGAAAACGCAUACUGUUAGACUGCACUUCAUAUAAUGGCAGUGAGCGCUGUACAUUUAGAGUCAGACGCAUUUCUAGUCUGUAUGAAUCACGCUCUGAGCACGGAGAAAGAGGAAGUAAUGGGGCUCUGCAUCGGCGAGGUGGACACAAACCGCAUCGUGCACAUUCAUUCUGUCAUAAUUCUGCGUCGAUCAGACAAGAGGAAAGACCGAGUGGAGAUUUCACCAGAGCAGCUGUCAGCAGCGUCCACCGAAGCGGAGAGGUUGGCUGAGAUGACGGGACGUCCCAUGAGGGUUGUGGGCUGGUACCACUCUCAUCCACACAUCACCGUGUGGCCAUCGCAUGUUGAUGUUAGGACUCAAGCAAUGUAUCAGAUGAUGGAUCAGGGUUUUGUUGGACUCAUCUUCUCAUGCUUUAUAGAAGAUAAAAACACAAAGACUGGUAGAGUCCUGUACACCUGUUUCCAGUCAGUACAAGCCCAGAAAGGCUCAGAGUAUGAGCGGAUUGAGAUCCCCAUCCAUGUAGUCCCACAUGAAGCCAUCGGGAAAGUAUGUCUGGAGUCUGCCGUGGAACUACCCAGAAUCCUCUGUCAAGAAGAACAGGAUACAUACAGAAGGAUUCACAGUUUAACUCACCUGGAUCCAAUCACAAAGAUACAUAAUGGAUCAGUGUUCACUAAAACCCUGUGCAGUCAGAUGUCGGCCAUUAGCGGCCCGCUGCUGCAGUGGCUGGAAGACCGACUGGAACAGAACAAACAAAGUAUCAUCAAACUCCAGAAAGAGAAAGAGCAACUGACACAAGAACUGGCUUCAUUAUAAGGAGAAUAGUUCCUCUUUUUUUUUUUUUUUGUGAAGUUCUUAAGUUUUUGCACUGAAAGCACUGUUUUUUCUGCCCUACUGCCACAUUUUGAUCAGGAAUUACUGGGAGGGCAAAGACAGGAUGUCUGUAAUUUAACAUUUUGUCAACUCAGCACAUUCUCAGUGCUUAUAUAUAUA